CCCAUUUACUCCUAAAAAAAGACCACGUACUCUUCUUACAGAAGAAUGUAUACAUCUCAACCACCUACCUCCUCUAUCCGACGAUCACCGGCAAUCUCAGCCACACGAGAAUCUACCGUCAACAUCCCGGGCAAAAACCGAGUGUGGGUUCAUGGUUUCAGGUCAAACCUCCGGAGCCAAACCCGUAGGGUGCGAGGGUCAACGAUCAGAGCAGUGGUGAGCAAGGAAGAAAGCAAGAGUAGUACAGUAACAGUAGAAGAUACGACCGCCAUUGAUGGAGUUGGAGGGAUGAUGGAUCUGAAAGCUACGAUCACAAUAAAGAAACAGAUGAAGGAGAAAGUGAUAGAGAAGAUUGAAGACCAGUGGGAGUCAUUCGUGAUCGGAAUUGGCCGUGGGGUCUUGAUUCAACUCAUUAGCGAAAAGAUUGAUCCAGUAACAAAAUCGGGCAAGUAUGCAGAGUCUAGUCCCAGGGGUUGGUUACCGAGUGCAUCCAGUCAUCCUCACGUUCUGGAGUUCACGUCGAACAUAGCCGUUCCGGCCAACUUCGGUCGUCCGGGAGCCGUUCUAGUCACCAAUUUACUCCGAAGAGAGUUCUACUUAGUAGAUAUUGUCAUCCAUGGCGUCAACCAAGAUCCGGUCAUCUUCCCAGCCAAAACUUGGAUUCAUUCGCAGCAAUCCAACCCCGAUAGCCGAAUCAUAUUCAAAAACCAGGCUUACUUACCAUCACAAACCCCACCGGGGCUUAAGGAUCUCCGUAGAGAAGACCUACGAAGCAUCAGAGGCAACGGAAAAGGCGAAAGGAAACCACAUGAUAGAAUUUAUGAUUACGCCACGUAUAACGACUUGGGUAGACCCGACAAGUCACCGGACUUAGCCAGACCGGUUCUUGGUGUCCCAGAGACGCCGUACCCUAGGCGGUGCCGGACUGGACGACCACCAACCAAAUCAGAUCCGAAUUCCGAGUCUAGAAUCGAGAAACCACAUCCUGUUUAUGUUCCUAGAGAUGAAACCUUUGAGGAGAUCAAGCAGAACACCUUCUCUGCCGGAAAACUGAAAGCCCUUUUGCACAACUUAUUACCGUCUAUCGCCGCUAAGCUAUCGGAUACGGACAUCUCUUUUGAAUGCUUCUCCGAGAUCGAUAAGCUUUACAACGAUGGGGUUUUCCUUAAAGAAGCAGAACACAACCAGUUCUUGGUUAACUUUACCAAUCAAGUCAUGAACGUUGGUAAAAGAUUCUUAAAAUACGACACUCCAGCCAUCAUGAGACGGGAUAGAUUUGCAUGGUUGCGUGACGAUGAGUUUGCUCGACAGACAUUGGCUGGGGUUAAUCCAGUGAACAUCGAACUAUUGAAGGAAUUCCCGAUUUUGAGCAAACUCGACGCAUCAACUUAUGGUCCAGUUGAAUCUGCACUAGCUAAAGAAGUAAUAGCAGAAGAACUCCACGGAAUGAGUGUUGAAGAGGCCAUCCGGGAGAAAAGAUUGUUCAUAAUCGACUAUCAUGACAUGCUUCUACCGUUUAUAGAAAAGAUGAACGAAUUGCCAGGAAGAAAAGCUUAUGCUUCUAGAACCAUUCUGUUCUAUAAUCGAGCCAAUGUUCUACGGCCUAUAGCCAUCGAGCUCUCACUCCCACCAACACCUUCUUCUUCUUCUUCUUCAAAUAAGCGUGUAUUCAGACCAGGCCAUGACGCAACAGCUCACUGGCUAUGGAACCUAGCGAAGGCUCAUGUUUGCUCCAAUGAUGCUGGCAUUCAUCAGCUAGUCAAUCACUGGUUGAGGACCCAUGCGUGUAUGGAGCCUUAUAUAAUUGCAACCCAUAGGCAGCUUAGCUCGAUGCACCCUGUGUUCAAGCUUCUCCACCCUCAUAUGAGAUACACUUUGGAGAUCAACGCACUUGCUAGACAAAGUUUAAUCAAUGGAGGUGGGAUAAUCGAGGCUUGUUUUAGCCCCGGAAAAUUCGCCAUGGAGCUGAGCUCAGCCGCCUACAAGAGCUCAUGGCGGUUUGAUUUGGAAGCAUUACCGGCCGAUUUGAUUCGCCGGGGUAUGGCGGUCGAGGACCCUACAACGCCACAUGGCGUAAAACUUGUGAUUGAAGACUACCCGUAUGCAUCAGACGGGCUUCUAAUAUGGUCCGCUAUAAAAGAACUGGUUGAAAGUAUUGUGUAUCAUUAUUAUCCUGGAUCUGACUCCAUCACGUCUGAUGUAGAGCUUCAGACGUGGUGGAGUGAGAUCAUAAACAUGGGCCACCACGAUAAAAGAAACGAGUCGUGGUGGCCCAAACUUGAUACAAAAGAAAGUUUGAUUGGUGUGCUGACCACUAUCAUUUGGAUAGCUUCUGGUCAGCACGCAGCAAUCAACUUCGGGCAGUACCCGUUUGGUGGGUACGUGCCUAACAGGCCUACACUUAUGAGAAAGCUUAUUCCUGAAGAAGGACCCGAAUACGAUCAUUUCUUAAUGAACCCUCAGUUUACUUUUUUGUCAUCUUUACCGACUCAACUUCAAGCCACGAAAGUGAUGGCGGUUCAAGACACGUUGUCGACUCACUCGCCUGAUGAAGAGUAUUUGGGUCAGGUGCACCAUCUCUCGAACCAUUGGCUACAUGAUGGUGAGGUUUGGGGUUUUUUUGAGAGGUUUGGUGCUAAAAUGGAGGAGAUAGAAGGGAUUAUUAAUAGUAGAAAUAAAGAUGUUCGUUUAAAGAACCGAAAUGGGGCAGGGAUACCUCCAUACGAGCUUCUUCUUCCGACGUCUGGCCCCGGUGUUACCGGUCGUGGGGUUCCAAAUAGUGUUUCCAUUUAGGACAUAUUCAUAUACACCAUACCAUUUAUCUUUGUACACUAGGAAACAAAUGGAAU